AAAAGUCAAAUUGACAACUUUAAAAACAUGCAAAUGUAUUGAUUAAAUUUUGAAUAAAAGUUAAGCCCAAUGCCAGAACCAGAAGAAAAAGGUGAGAGAGGUGAAGAUGAGGACACUAUUGGAAUAUACGUAGGGCAACGUAACCAAGAUGGCGACCGGCACGGCGAGGGCUGGGCCGUGCUGCCCAACGGCGACUUCUACACCGGCUGCUACUGCCGCGGACAGCGGAACGGCAAGGGCCUGUACGUGUUCAAGAACGGAGCGCGGUACGAAGGCGAAUGGCGUCGAGCGAUGAAAUACGGCGUCGGAACAAUGACGUACCCCGACGGGUCGCGGUACGAGGGCGACUGGCGGCACGACCAGAAGCAAGGCUUCGGCGCCUACUACUACCCCAACGGGGACAUAUACGAGGGCGCGUGGUUCAAGGGGAAGCGCCAUGGGCUGGGAACUUACUUGUUCAAUGAAUACCAAGUCAAAUUCAUGGGCACUUGGGUUGAGGGCCGGAUGGAAGGUCCUGGCCAGAUCUUGUACCCUCGUGUACGCUUCCAUGGUUCCUGGUACAAGGGCGUGCCCCGCGGCCCGGGCUGCUUCGUGUUCGAUACCAACUGUAUGCAGCACGGGUUCUAUUUGCUCAUCAAGGAUCCGGCGCUAGAAGAGCUCGGGGAAGGCGAGGAGGAAAAGGAGAAAGUGGACAAGGAAGAGCCCGUGGGAGAAGAGGAGGAGGAGGAAUUUGACGAAACAAAAGGCAAAAUAGCGGUAUGGCGAGCCCGCAACGUGACGGCAUACAUGUCGGAGUUCCUGCCGCCCGAGGCGGUGCCGCUGCCGGUGCACGACUCGCUGCCGUCGCUGACGGACGAGAGCGUGGCCACGGACGUGCUGCAGUUCGAGCCGCCGCCCAUGCUGGCCGAGCACGAGGGCGACGACGCUGAUUCCUGGCUGCUGCACCGCAAGCAGUUCCUCGAGGAGGCGCAGCCCAAGGAGUAGCGAGUUGCUUUGCUAAUAAACCUUAUAUUUCAUAUGA